UCCCAUAGGAACACGACGGCCUCGAGACGAUCGUCCCUUGAGAUUCGGAUUGUUUUGAUUUGUCACUUAGUUCGCGCGUAAUUCUACUGGCGACUGACCCUUAUUGUGAAAACAUCGGCAAAUACUUGAUAGAUAUGGACUCUAAUGCAGGAAAUGGUCAAACAUCUGAUGAGAGCAUUGCAGCCUCUCGGUCACGACGCACACGUAAAGACAAACAUGGCAGACUGGCUGCUUUAGAAAGAUUGCGAGGUUUGAAAGGCACAAAACACAAAUAUGAGGUCAAUGAUGUGGUGAAUGUAUAUGAAGAGGUAGAUGAACGCGAGUACUCCAAACGUCGUCAAGAUCGACUAGAGGAUGGACUGGAUUAUUGAUGAUGACGGUUCAGGAUAUGUUGAAGAUGGCCGUGAAAUUUUUGAUGAGGAGGAUGCCGACGGGGAUGCUAUUUUCCUUUCUAAAGGCAAAGAUAAAAAAGGGUCUAAGAAAAAAGGUGGAAGCAAGUCCUUAGAAAGCUCAGCAGUGAGACAUGGUGCUGGCAGUAUUAAGAAUAUGCUAAUUAACAUGCCUGCGAAGAGAAAGCAAACAGAGUCUAAUGUGCGACUUGAUGAAGAUGAUUUUUUUGGGUGAUAUAUUACAAGAUUUGGACAACGAACCAACACAUGUCCCAAUACCACAACCAACUUUUCUCAAAAAGAAACCAAAGCCAUCUCCAACAAGCAAGUGGCUGUCAACCCAUUUGCAAGGCCCCAGAUGACAGCCCCUGUUAGAGCAAAGGCUUCCCCAAAGCCUUUAAAAAUUCCUGACCCAGAUAAAGAAAAUGCAGUUAACGGUGUAUCUC